AAUUAAUCUGCCACCUGUACUGAGUAGAAUUGCAGAAAGGAAGAGGUUCCGAAUAUAUUUGAUUACAACCCACGAAAAUGGCCGAAUUUUAGCACCAGGAGUGAGAACCGGAUACGUAGAAUUCCAAAAAAAAAAACAUGUAAAGCCGUCACAACAACAAAAAGCAUGCCUGCAUUAAACGGAACACUUAUUGGCGGCUGGAUAACUAUCUCUGAUUAUAAGGUAUAGUAAUGCCUUCGUUACUGUUGACGAUAACGCUGCCGGUUUAUAUGAUUCAUUUUCGUAAUUGUGGAGAUCUGGCAACACUGAUAUUGAGUAGUUAAGUUUCUAUGGUAUGAAAUUGUCAUUCGAAAUCUAAGUAGGCAUGCAAAGGAUUGUAUGAUUUUGGGUUUUCGAGAAAAAAUAAAAAGAAUUAAAUUGAAAAACGAUUAAACUUAAAACUGUGUGUGUUUGUGAACCGCGGGUCAUUACAUUGGCGACGAAGGUAAAUAUUUAAUUGAGCUGGAGGAAUGCAAUAUUAAUUGCAUCAUAUUGUAAGGAAAUUUCAAAUUCCUUUGCAUUAAAUUGCAGCGAAAAGACAUUAAAUUGUCGGCGUUGACUGAUAAUAGUCAUCUGAAAAAAGGAAAGAAGAAAUAUAUAAGGAGAACUUGGGACAUUAAAUUGUCGGGACAUUAAAUUGUCAGAACAUUAAAUUGCAGGACAUUAAAUUGUCGGGACAUUAAAUUGUCGUCGGAUUGCAUUACAUUUAAUUGUAAAGACGUUGGACGGCGUGAGUCCGAGGUUGUGUAAAGAGAUGAGCUCGGUCGCUAUAUCACCUUUCCUUUGUGAUGCCAUAGAUAAGGCACUUCUGCGAACAGAGUGGGAAAAAUGGUAUCGUUCAUUUUCCAUAUAUUUGGAUGCAGAGGAAAUAAAAGACACUGCGAAAAAGAGGAACAAACUUCUGUACUUGGGUGGCACACAACUUCAAGAGGUUGUAUACAACAUUCCCGGAGCACUUGUUGAGUCUGACGAUACAACUGGAGGUGUUGAUGUGUUCAAAAUUCUGGUAGAAAAACUCAACGUAUAUUUUUCACCAGAAAGAAACUCAACGUUUGAAAGACACCUUUUUCGAUCGCUUAAGCCUGAAGGAGGUGAGUGUCUGAACAAAUUUCUUGUUAGACUACGGAACCAGGCCGCAAAAUGUCAUUUCGGUGAGACAAAACAUGAGAUACUGGGUAUAAAUAUAAAAGACAAGCUAAUUGAUAAUUGGGCCCCAAAUGAUUUAAAGAAACGACUCCUAGAAAAAGAAUAUACACUCACAGAAACCAUCGAAAUGUGUCAUGCCCAUGAACAGAUAAAUAACCAGACAGAAACAAUGAAAUUGGGCAAUGUAUCUAUCGAUAUUAACAAGAUUGAAUCAAAGAAUCAACAGAUUGAAUGUGGCAGAUGUGGUCGGCAGGGGCAUGAAGGUACAAGUAUUGACUGUCCUGCUAAAAAUUCAAAAUGCAACAAAUGCGGGCUUAUUGGACAUUUUGCUCGCAAAUGCAAGUCGAAAGGUUUGAAACGCAAGCAGCCGAGGUUUGGAUAUACAGAUGCGAAAAAGCGGAAAUAUUCAAACAUUCAAUUUGUCUCAAGUGACGGUGUGAAAGAAGUUGGAUCUAUGGAAAAUAAGUGGAAAGAACACAAUUGUUUCCAAAUUGCAGAGAAGUUUAACGGGCACAUGGACGAAAUGAUAGAGUGCUAUAUAGGGGGUCGGAAGAUUCACAUGCUGAUUGACUCUGGAUCACAUCAUAAUCUGUUGAGUGAAGUGGAUUGGGAAUGCCUCGUUAAUGGAAACGCCACGGUUUGGAAUAUACGGACAAAAUCUGAGAAUCAGUUUCGUGCGUAUGCUGGAAACAAUUUACUCAAGGUGAAAGCUGUCUUCGAAGCGGUAAUUGGCCUUGAUCCAGUUUCAAAUUUGAUCUCCUCAUUUUAUGUAAUUGAGAACGGCCGUCAAUCCCUGCUGGGUCGAGUUACUGCUAUCAAAUUGGGCGUUUUGAAACUAGGACGAGGGGUAAAUCAAAUCGAGAACUGUCAUGUCUUUCCAAAAAUAAGAGGCAUUAAAGUUUCGCUGACAAUUGACAAGUCUGUCAAACCUGUCCAACAGCCGUUGCGGAGAGUACCAUCUGGCUUAGAAGAGAAGGUAGAGAGAAAAUUGAAUGAAGCUUUACAACAAGAUAUUAUAGAACCCGUGACAGGACCCAGCCCAUGGAUAUCUCCAAUAGUAAUUGUAUUUAAAGGUGACGGGGAUAUCCGAUUAUGCAUCGACAUGAGACGUGCGAAUAUGGCCAUAUUACGGGAAAAUUAUCCGCUACCAACAUUCGAUUCCUUCAUGACCAAGCUACAGGGUGCUGAAUAUUUUUCUAGGUUGGAUCUGAAAAAUGCAUACCACCAGUUGGAGUUAGAGGAAGAGAGUCGCGAGAUAACCACCUUUAUAACUUCAAAAGGCCUAUUCAGAUAUAAACGAUUAUUGUUCGGCGUAAACUCUGCACCAGAAAUUUUCCAAAGGAUUAUGGAAAGCAUUUUGGCGCCGUGUAACUGCGCUAUAAACUAUUUGGACGACAUUAUCGUGUUUGGGAAGACAGAGGCUGAACACGACGGAAAUCUUAAAGAGGUGUUGGCAAUUUUAGAAAAGGCGAAUGUCAUGCUGAACAAGGAUAAAUGUAUUUGGAAAGCAAGAAGGCUACUAUUCUUAGGCCACAUUUUGUCUGACAAAGGCAUAAAUCCAGACCCUGAAAAAAUUGACACCAUCAUGAAUUUUCGUCCACCAACCAAUAAAGAGGAAUUAAGAAGUUUCCUGGGUUUAGUCACCUAUCUAGGGAAAUUCAUUCCAGAUUUGGCUGAUCUUACGGAUAAGCUCAGGAAUUUAAUGAAAAAAGAUGUUAAGUUCGACUGGGGCCAUCGGGAAGAUGAAGCUUUUUUAAAACUUAAACAACAACUGGCCAGGACUCCAACAUUAUCAUAUUUCGAUCCAGAAAGGCGCACUCGCUUGAUAGCUGACGCAAGUCCAGUGGCCCUUGGAGCGGUUUUGCUUCAAUUUUGCAACAACAUGCCACAAGUCAUAUCAUUUGCGAGCAAAAGUUUAUCUGAGACAGAACGUAGAUACUCACAAACAGAAAAGGAAAGUUUGGCUUUGGUUUGGAGCGUCGAACGAUUCUACUAUUAUCUGGCCGGCAUCGAGUUCGAAUUGGUAACAGACCACAAGCCUCUGGAAACAAUUUUCAAACCUACAUCAAAGCCACCCGCUCGGAUAGAGCGAUGGGUGUUACGCCUUCAGUCAUUUAGAUUUAAAAUAAUUUAUCAGGCUGGUAAAUAUAACAUCGCCGACUCCUUAUCCAGAUUAUGCAAAAUUGAACAUAAUACGUCUUUUGAUCAACAAACUGAAAUCAGUAUAUGCUCAAUAAUUGAAGAAACCGUUCCACGAGCAGUGUCAAUUCUUGAAAUCGUGGAAAAGAACCAGUUAGAUCUUGAGCUAAUGGAAGCUGUCGAAAGCAUCAAAAAUAAUUCAUGGACUUCGGCUACAUCCAACCGCUAUUUUCCGUUUAGACUUGAGUUAUGUACAUUGGGCAAUAUUCUCCUACGAGGUACCAAAAUCGUAAUUCCUGGUCCGUUAAGAACGAGAGUUUUAGCGUUGGCACAUGAAGGUCAUCCAGGCGAAACGGUGAUGAAGCGACGGGUACGAUCAAAAGUAUGGUGGCCACUGAUAGAUCGAGAUGUUGAGAAACAUGUGAAGAACUGUCACGAAUGUUUGUUGGUGUCAAGACCACCACACCCAGCACCGAUGACUCGACGUGUUUUACCAGAAGGGCCUUGGUUAUGCCUAGCAAUGGAUCUGUUAGGACCAUUACCAAACAAUGAUUUUAUAUUUGUGGUCAUUGAUUAUUAUUCAAGAUACCAAGAGGUAAAAUUUCUAAAGAAAAUUACCUCAAACGAGAUAAUCAAUUUUCUGGAUGAAUUGUUCUCUCGAUUGGGCUACCCAAAGUCAGUUACCACAGAUAAUGGUCGUCAGUUUGUCAGUGACGAAUUCAGGAGCUAUUGCGCUAACAAAAACAUAGAAAUCGUGACGUCCCCACCCUACUGGCCACAAGCGAAUGGAGAAGUAGAGAAUAUGAAUCGUUCGAUUGUCAAACGCCUGCGAAUAGCUCAUAGUAAUGGAACGGACUAUAAGAAGGAAAUUCAAAAGUUCCUGCUAAUGUACAAUGUCACCCCUCAUGGAACAACUGGAAAAGCUCCAACGGAACUGCUUUUCAAUCGAGUAAUUCGGGACAAAAUACCAUCUAUAUCUGAUGUCGGUGAAAACAUUUUGGAUGCGGAAGCCAGAGACUUAGACGCGAUCAAUAAAGAAAAAGGAAGAGAGAAGGCGGACAAGGUUCGUGGUGCAAAACAAAAUAAUAUUCAAGUUGGUGACAAAGUAUUGGUGCAAAAUGUGAUUUUCCCAAAUAAGUUGACACCGACAUUUGGGAAAGAACCAUGUGAAGUUGUCGAACGGAAAGGAAAUGAUGUCACCAUUCGUAAGGAUGGCAAGCUAUACAGGCGCAACGUCAGUCACCUUAAGAAAUUGCCUAUAACGCCGGAACCGGGUGAUAAUAAUUUGUUUGCAGAUCGUGUUGAGACACAAAUAGGUCAAGAUCAGGUAAAUCCAAGACUAACGCUGAAGCUGAAAAACAUAGGAGGGAUGUGGAGAUCUGGCAACACUGAUAUUGAGUAG